AUGAAUGCCAAUACUGUUCACGGGGGUGUUUUGCGCCCGCUGGCGCGGGCCGCACCAUACACGUUACUGAUAGACGUGGCUCCUCGCGGGUGGGGCCUGAUGGGUGUGGCUCUGUGUGACGCUGUGUGUAACGCUCUCUGUCUGUUUGCCGCCUCCAACCAGCCCGACAGACUGCUGGGUGUCUACACCAUGGCAGAGAGACAUCAGUGUGUGCUCCCCCUGCUGAUCAGAGGGAAUCUCGCUCGCUUCCACAAUUGUCUCACAGAGCUGCGGUCUCUCCCACGUGAUGGACUCUGCACUCCUCGCGUGGGCUCCGUGGCCUUGGCUGUGCGCGACGCUCUGCAACAGAACAAGCAAUUAACCCAGCAUUCCUGCCCCGAAACCACCAUGCACAGCGGCUUCAUAGAGGUCACAGUUGUGUCUGCGCGGUUGGGCCCCGAGGUUAUGGCGGAGUUGGAUGAUGGGCUGAAAGACGCAGAUCUCCGGACCCUGCGAAGGUUACUCGUUCUGCAGAUCUGCGACCCAACGGGAGCCGCGAGUGACAGCGACUGCCCAGACCCGGGGGCCACAACAAGCUUCUCGCCGUGUGAUGUUGAGUUCCGCGCGGUUCCCUGCGAUGCUCUCAGUCUUGAGAGUUUCUUCAAGUUGUGGCUUUUUGAGGCAAGUCCUGAGCGAGAGACGCUCUGCAUCGCUCUGCCCAACGGAGACGCACCAUUGCGUCUAGUGUGUGAUGUUCACCGGCGGCUCAUAGACCCGGAGGUUUUGCAGAGAGCACAAAGACUCGACGCCCUUCCAAGAGCCGCUCACAGGAGGCCGGUUGGGUUAAGCGGCCCCCAAACCCUCCAGGUGCUCAGAGCUGUACCCACCCGUGGGGUCUGUGGUUCAGUGCUGUACGGACUCCCCUCCAUCCUGUACCCCACGGCAUGCUGGGAACUGGACUGGGAUCAACUGGAAUCCAAUCAGGAGGAUUUCCACGCUGUGCGUCACUGUUUGCAGUCCCAGGAGCUGUCUCUCAUUGCAUGCAGCACCCAGCACCCUAUCACAUCGGCUCCUCAUGUCCUGUCUCAUUUUCUUAUUUCGGCCUCUGACACGGCUGCUCUACUCCUGCGUCCUGUAGCCUCCAGAGAGCUUCUCCUGCCCGUGGAUCCUGCUCCAAUUACCCACCCGGUGCCGGACAGAGCCCUGGUCAGAGCCCAGGGUGCUCUCCGCUGCCUUGUGGUUGAAUCCAUCUAUAACCCUCUCCUUAUGACCUGCAAUCUAUACCAACACCUUCAGCGCAUCUACAUCCAGCCUUCCCGUCACCAAGCACAGCCAAAGCAUGUGUCAGCAUCACGUGGACCUGCAGGAGGAGGCUCGAGCAGCGGGCAGGGGACACUAAGGCACAGGAAAGCCAGGGCCUCAGUCGCUCCUCUGCCCCUGGUGCCUCCAGCCCAGCGCAUCUUGAAGACCCGUCGUGAGGGUGAGACAGCUGUGGCUGACUUCAUGCAAGCUCAGGGCGACUUCCUCCCUGACGUCGAACCCACCGUCUCCAGUAGGUCCCAAUUCCGACUGAAAUGGGACCAAAAGUGAUAAAACCCAGUCCUUCCCGAGAUUUGUUUAUUAUGGGGCUGGGAAAUGGGGUAGAAAAUACCUUGUUAAUGAGACAAAAAUUAAAACCUCUCCUGUUCUCAGCCACCAUUUAAUCGCCGAGGGGUCUAUUCACUAAAGGGGCAGCUUCAGCUCCCACACUUCACUAUUCACUACAUCGGCUCCUCCAGCGAGAAGGGCUGAGCUGGCCCUGUAUAAUGUAUAAUUCAGUUAGGAUACUGGGGGGCCUUGCUUUGGUGAAUAAACCCAUUUAUGUUUUGUGACGUUGGCCACUUUCUGUUAUAGUCAUUAUUACUCCAAUGUCAUUGUAGUAUUGUUAUGUUGUUACUUUUGUGUCAUUAUAGCAUUAUGUUGUUACUCCUCUGUUCUUAAAUUAUUGUUAUGUUGUUACUCCUCUGUCACAUUAUUUUUUGUGAUGUUACUCCUGUGUUGGUACAGAGUUGUUAUAUUGUUACUCCUGUGUAGCCAUAGUGCUAUCACACCUCAU